CGCUCACUCCAACAAGAAGCAGCAGCUGCCCAGACUUGAGCCCAACACCGCGAUGUCUGAGACCACAAAACCCGCGGCUCCCGGCCUGGCUGCGGAGGAGAAGGAGAAGGUGGCCCCAGCGCCAACUCCAUCCCUCGACCCUGCUCCCGUUGCAAACAGCAAAGGCGAGGAGCCCUCCACAGAAGCCUUCAGGAUCGUUGUCUUCGACCAGGAGAACUUCCAGGGCAGGCAGAUGGAGUUCACCACCGAGUGCCUGAACCUGGGUGACCACGGCUUCGACCGGGUGCGCAGUGUCAUUGUCACCUCUGGACCCUGGGUGGCCUACGAGCAGGCCAACAUGCGCGGGGAGAUGUUCAUCCUGGAGAAGGGGGAGUACCCUCGCUGGGACACCUGGUCCAGCAGCUACCGGAGCGACUGCUUCAUGUCCAUGCGUCCCAUCAAAAUGGAGGCUGAGGACCACAAAAUCUCCCUGUAUGAGUCUGCUGACUUCAAGGGCAACAAGAUGGAGAUCCAGGAGGAUGAUGUGCCCAGCCUCUGGGCUUAUGGCUUCUGCGACCGCGUGGGCAGCGUGCAGGUGCCCAGUGGAACCUGGGUUGGGUACCAGUACCCUGGCUACAGAGGCUACCUCUUUGAGACCGGAGACUUCCGACACUGGAACGAGUGGUCUGCCUUCCAGCCCCAGAUCCAGUCCAUCCGCCGCAUCCGGGACAUGCAGUGGGACCAGAAGGGCACCUUCGUCACCCCCGACGCGCCCUCCGACUGAGCGUGCC